UUCCGUCAGUCGAAUAUCAAAAAUGUUGAGAUAAAUUAUGAAGAACAUUAUAAAAUCCAUUGAAAAUUUUUAAGAUACUGACUUUUUUUAAAUUAUGAAAAUUUUUUUUUGGGGGGGGAUUUUAUGCUUGAGCAUUAUUUAUUAUAUUAAUUGAUAUUUUCAUAUUAAUUUUAUUUUAAUGGGAAAGAUGGAGUUAUUUAUUUAUUGUUUUAAAAAGAUAUAGAAUGGAAUUUAAUUGCGAAAUUUCAAUGUGUGUAAUUUUUCAAUAGUAUAGAAUUUAUUAUUCAACAUGAAUUUUCACGUUAAAAGAUCACAGUAUUAUGAUGGGAGAUUUCCACCUUUUCGUAAGCCAUCAGAAAUAGGUUACUUUUCUUUAGAUGGGGAAAGAGAAUAUCACGAUGAUAACCGCCAAUUGAAAUAUAUAAUUCUUCCACGUAAUUUGAAAAAUGUGCAUAUGGACUUGAAUGUUGGAUAUGAAGAUGCCGUCAGGAAAGAUUUUGGUAAAAAGGAAAAAAUUGAUACUAUUUUAACUUGGAUAUUAUACCACCAAGAAGAAGUGAAAAAAUACUUUUAUGUACCAAAUUCGAACAAGCCCAAGAUAGAUUUCGUAUGCUUUCGUGGCCUUCUGACUACAAUUGGUGCAACAAUCUAUGAAAAUAAAGAAGACUGGUUGAUUUGUGCUACUAAAUUUAGAUCUGUGAUAUACUUAUGUGCAUUUGAUACUGAUCAAAAUGUUCUUAGAAGAGAAACUGCAACAGAAAGAGAUAAAUUAAUGUCAUCUUGGGGUUAUAAAUUUGAGCAAUAUUUGGCUGUUGAUAGUCCAAGUUCUAAGCCAAAUCCAUCUAUUCCUGUGAAUGAAAAAGAGGAGUAUUGUAUUGUUUUAAAAGGACGAUUUAACAAUCAUACUUUGUUGUAUAGUGCUGAAGUUGAUGGGAAGGAUACUUCCAAUAACAUUCAUGCUGAUCGAGACCCACAAUCUACUCAAUGCUAUACUGAACUAAAGACUUCAAGAAUCAUAACUGCUCAAAGGCAGCAUAUUAAUUUUUGCAGGUAUAAACUUUUGAAGUGGUGGUUACAAUCUUUCCUUGUUGGAAUUCCUAAAAUUAUUUGUGGUUUCCGUGAUGACCAGGGCAUUGUUCGCAACUUAGAAGUUUUUCCUGUUGCUGAAAUACCUAGAAUAGCUCAGAAUCAUUGGACCCCAGCAUCUACAUUAAAUUUUUGCUCUGAAUUUAUGGACUAUGUUAAAAAGUGUGUUAAAAAGGAUGAUCCAUCUGUUGUGUAUAAAUUUUACUGGAAACCUGGUUCUCCUGUUACUUGUGAAGAGUUAACUUCUGCUGAUUAUCAAGUUUUACCUGAAUGGUAUACAAAUAAUUUAACAAUUUAAUGUUGUUAAAUUUACUUACUGUUAGAUUAAUCAUUAAUUUAUAUAUUUGUAAAUAUCUCUUUGAAAAAUGCAGAAUAUUUAAAUUUUUUGUAAGAUUGUGAAUUAUUUUGUUUCUUUAUUGUUAUAAAUGAAUGAAUUAGUUGUAAUAAACUUCAGUUUGGAUAAUUACAAAAGCAAAUGUUUAUCAGAUCCAGAUAAUUUUUAUAU